AUGUCGCAAUCCAAAACGACCCCGGAGCAGACCCUCAUCUCGCAGAUCAAAGCCAGUACCAAGCCCAAGGCGAAGGCGGCACCGCUGGACCCGGCGAGACGAGUCACCAUGGACCUACGAGACCCACGGACGAGUGGCGAACAGUGGCCAUGCCACUCCCAGCAUCUGCCGGGCAAGGUGCAAGCCAACGGACACGGAGCAUGGCUACAUUGUGCGGUAUGCAACCUACGGCUGGAGUACGUGCCCAGGCAGGGAAGUCCAGCGGCGACCACCAAGGUGGAGAACCCGGCGAUGGUGAAGCGGAUGCUCACCCAAUUGGAGAGUAUCAUGGGCCAUGUGAAACCUACCUCGGCGAUAUGCCUGGCCAUGCAGCGAAAGAUCGAUGCGGAAGAGCAGCUGAACCACAUGGACUAUGACUACCCCGACGACUACCCCAACGCCGCCAGCCGCGACCUCAACAAGCCCAUGAGACUGUGGUUCUCGCUGCCCUGUACCAAGUGGUGCCCAUGGACGGCUGUGGAUCACCACACGCCGGAACGCCGCGAUCAGCUCGAGAACUACCGUCGACGAGAGCGACGGAUGCUUUGGAACUUCAACAAGUUCGUGAAGGCUGCCUACGAUGUGGAUCCUGAGUUGCAGAUCUACUUUGAGUGGCCUUUGAUCAGCCGUGGAUGGCAAUUACCGGCCCUCACCGAUCUGGGCACCUUCUUCGAACACCGACUGGUCCCAUGGGUACCAUGUCGAGUGGAUGGCUGUUGCUACGGCCUCAUGGAUGAGGACAAGACUGCCUUUGUUCGAAAGCGUUGGAGCAUCUACACAACGGACGAGCUCUUCCACCAGCGCUUCAAGGCCAAGCUAUGUCCUGGCAACCAUCAGCACAAUGAGGCUCUCGGCAACAGCCACACCAAGGAGACCUACUACCCUUGGCGCAUGGUGCAGGCCCUCACACGACAUUGGAAGGAGCAGCUGGUACCCAAUCGUCAUCUACGUCUACUGGCGAUGCGCGAGGACGGGCCUACAAGUCCUGCAGACCCUGUCGAGGACUAUGCACCACCCGUGGAGAUGAACAUUCUGGACGAGUGCCAAGUGGAGACGAAUGAUGAGAUGGAGAUCUGUGCAACUACGGGACAGAAGAUGACUCUGGAAACCAUGGCUCGGGAAGCCCGUCUUCGGGAACAAUUUUCCUUCCAAGUGCUCCAAGCCAUCCUUGGGGAAUUCUUCGAUGCCAAUCAGCGCCAAGGACAACCCCACCUACGAUGGAAUGGUCCUUCUCGGGACAGCCUGACGAUGGGCGCCUACUCUCAUG